AUGCCAAUAAUAACCAAAUUUUUAACUGAUAGUCAAGGUGAUUUAAAACUUAAUCAAUUAUCUACACCAAUUGACAUUACACAACCACGCUUCGAUCAAUCAACUUUUGAUGGUAGAUUAAAAAGAUUCUUUGGAAUUAUCAAUCCAUUCUUUUUACUAUUUUCUAAUAGUUACUUAGAUAAAUGUAAAAAAACAGUAAAAGAUUAUAAAGAAGGUAUAUUUGAUCCUAAUAUGACUGUUGAUGAGUUAUGGACAGCUAAACGUCAUUAUGAUUCUGCAUACCAUCCUGAAACAGGAGAAAAAACAUUUGUUCUUGGACGCAUGAGUGCCCAGGCACCAUGUAAUGCAAUAAUAAAAGGUGGAAUGUUAACCUUCUAUAAAAAUCCUUAUGCUGUCUUCUUCUGGCAUUACAUUAACCAGGCACAUGGUGCUAUGUUAAAUUAUUGUAAUAGAUCAGGAAAAGCAGGUAGUGGUGAUAAUGCUCGUUUACUUACUGCUUUUGGUUGUGCUACAACUGUUGGUGUUGGAACAGCACUAACAUUAAAUAAAGUCGUUGGUAGUAUGAAAUUACCACCGUUAAUUAAUAGGUUUGUUCCAUUUAUUGCUUCAUCUUUAGCAAUGAGCACUAACAUACCAAUUAUGAGGCAACGAGAAUUUAUUGAAGGUAUUGCUGUAAAGGAUGAAAAUGAUGUUAUAGUGGGAAGAUCAACUAUUGCAGCUAGAUGGGCUGUAGCAACAGUAGCUUUAUGUCGUAUUUUAAUGGCAGCACCGUAUAUGUUAUUAUCACCAAUAAUUAUAGACAGGUUUUCGAAGACAAACUUUUAUAAUUCUCGUAAAUGGAUUUCAGGACCAUUUCAAUGUUUUCUAACAUUUGUAAUCUUAUCCUUCUCAGCACCAAUUGGAUGUAGUAUAUUCCCACAAAAGGGAUCAAUUGAUGUAUCAGCAUUAGAACCAGAAUUACAAGAAAAAAUUUCAAAAAUGUCUAAACCACCUUCAGUUGUAUAUUAUAAUAAAGGUCUUUAA